GGCUGCGAGAGAGCAUUUGUUCAGCAACACUGGUGUCAGAAUUGCUUCACUUCCGUUUGGUGUUCGCUCGCAAUAGGACUGCGUACUCAUCAGACAGGACCGUAAAUUGGUUCAAGUUUAGCAAAUAGGGCCGGGAAUCGCUAAACGCGGUCGAGUGCGGAAAACGUGCGGAACGAAACAAACGAGUCUGGGUCGGUGGGAGCGGUGUGGUGAGAAUAAAACAGGCAAUCCACCAGCUGUAGGAAAAAGGGAGAAAAGUAGCGAAGCGAGACAAAGAGGCAACUAAGUACGCUUGCUCAAGCAAUCGAACAUUUGGGGGAAUAAAAAAAACUAACUUCCACAACUGCUGCUCCUGCUGCUGCUGCUUCCUACUAAAGUAGAAAAUAUACUUGUGCAGAGUGCAAUAUUUUUGUUUUUGUUGGCUAACUUUCUGUCCAGAAGCGGUGCAGUUCUUCAAUCCCAAUAUCCCGGACAUCCAAUGUCAGAACCUCAGUCGUCCCUGCUGCUCAAGAAACAACUGGCUGAGCUGAGCAAAAAUCCUGUGGAAGGAUUUUCGGCCGGUUUAAUCGACGAUAACGAUAUCUUUCGAUGGGAAGUGCUAAUCAUUGGACCACCGGAUACUCUAUACGAGGGCGGAUUCUUCAAGGCACAUCUACAUUUUCCUAAGGAGUAUCCUUUGAGGCCACCGCGCAUGAAAUUCGUCACAGAGAUUUGGCAUCCGAACAUCGAUCGGAAUGGAGACGUAUGUAUCAGCAUCUUGCACGAACCGGGCGAUGAUAAAUGGGGCUACGAGAAAGCAUCCGAGCGCUGGUUACCGGUGCACACGGUUGAAACGAUUCUAAUAUCGGUCAUUUCCAUGCUGGCCGAUCCGAACGAUGAAUCGCCGGCGAAUGUGGACGCGGCAAAGGAAUGGCGAGAGGCGUAUCCCGAAUUUAAGCGAAAGGUAGCCCGGUGUGUUCGAAAGAGUCAGGAAGAUUGUUAGUAGCAUUUAUAAUACUUUUUUUUUAAAUUGUCUUAUAUUUAUUAAUUAAUUAUUGUACGAUUACACUUACCUUAAAUGAACGAAAGAAAAGCAUUGAAGGAUCAAGUAUCGGUACCGUCUACUACUAGUGUCCCUUAUUCUUCUACUGACUAUCACUACCGUUAUCUCUGCUGCUGCUGUUGUUGCUGUUACUACUCCUACGACGACCCCCUACAUUCAUCCGGGCAAUGCUAGUGAAGCUUUCGGUAAGAAUGUGUUAUCCAAACAAAUGACGGUUGGUGGUGUCACACGUGUGUCUGCCCGAAGCGGAAGUGGUAUUGCUAAACGGGAAGACAGCAGCAUUCAAUGAACGCCUGAGUAUGAGGAAAAGAUACGAGAGAAGAAGGAGCGAAAAGAGGGCAGGACAAAUAAUAUUUGAUACCCCUUUCCUGAAACACUGUGUGCAUGAAUCGAAAAUUAAGUGGACUGUGAUUGAUGAGAAGAAGCUUCACAUUUGCAAACUGAUCAAUAUCUAGAAGAGAAGAAAAAAAAACUAAGCGCAGACCCCCCGAAUGUUGUCGUUCCUUUCUCGUACUGAAAUAAUUCUAGCUUAGAUUUUGUUUCGCCCAUACGAUCGAAAACAAUGAUUGCGCAAAAGACCAUGGAUUUGUUCCUUAUGCAUCAGUUUACUCGUUACAUCCUUGUCUUUUAAAACUCUAGCGCGUUUGAUACGAAACUAUUGAAAUGUCCUAAAAAUACUGGCUUUGCGGACUGAGAUUUUUUUUCAAAGCGUACGAAUGCGGAUAACCGUUUUAAGGAAGCAAAUUUGAUACUCAGGUACAUUAAACUACGGCAACUUAUUACAUUUACGCGUGGAGUGAAGUGCAUUCAAAAGAAUAAAACAAAACAAGAAGCUUAACCCAAUCGAGCAAUGAAGCAUGUUAAUGAUGAUGUGUUUGUGUGUGUGUGCGUGCGUGUGUGUACCUCGUGAGGACACGAUCGAACAAAAGACAUAACAAAUAAUAAUAUACUUCUCGUAAUCAACGAAUCUAAUGCAGAUUUAUGGUACCGCUUUCGUUAUGAUUUGCUUUAUCGUAUUUUAGUCCAAUGCUGAUGAUUUGCGGCGAAAUUAGGCUCAAAAUAAUGAGAUGGUUUGGAUAUAUUUUGGAUACGGUUUGAUUACCUUAAAAUUUUACGCUGAUGUGAUUUAUGUUGGUGAUGAUCACUUCCAACUUUCCUGCCAAUCAUUGGCAUACUUUAGAGAGCUUCUAUCGCUUUUAUAUUGUAAAUAGCGUAUCUUCAUAUCAUGAUAAUCCCAGCAAAGCAUCAAACAAAUGGUUAGUUUGUUUUAAUUUGAUUUAUCCGCCCUAUGCUGUAUUGUUCUCCACCUAAGUAAGCACCAAUCUAAAUUUAGUACUUAGCUGGUGAUCGUGUGGUUAAGGACUAGGGAAAGUACCCUAGUGCAGCUGUUCUAAUCGCAAGUAUCUUAGCCAUUAUCCAUCGCAUUGGCCAAAGACAAUACGCGGCAGGUGCAUUGGUAUAGGACAGCAUAAACGUUGACUCGUUUCAUGAUUGAGGAUCAUAAAUAGGCCCCUCAAAUGGAUGGUUGCCUAACGGAUAGAGGGGGAUACAUAUAAAGCAGCAAAUGUGACCUUACCAACAUAAGCUUCACAGUAAUUACAAAUUUACUAACACGAAUAAGACACGAUACAGCAAACAAAGGUAGUGUGCAAUGUGUUUCGCUACUGGAUUAAUGCAACAGGACGUACGAGCCGUUUGUUCGAGCAAAACUUUAAACAAACAGGCUACAGUAAAAUUAUGAGUGUACUCUAGCAAAAGGCAGCUUAGUUAGGAAUAAGAAAAGAAAACGAUUGGCAUUGAAUGGAAUGGAGUGUUAAGCAAUCAUCAGUGCAACAUUUGCUACGAAAAAAAAGAUUAAUGCCGCAAGAUUCGUGCAAAAUCCCUUAAGAAUAGCAACUAAAUAGUAAAAGUAGCAAAAACGAAAAGGAAACCCGAGGAUGGCUACAGCAUAACGAUCGGAACGCGAACUAUAUAAAAGAGUGCUACACGAAUGUGUCUUAGUUCGUUUGUUUCUUCCGCUUUAUUCUCGGUUAUGUUCCUUACAAAAACUUACUUACGUUUUACUGAAACGCAAUACAUUCUUUAAAAAAAAAAAUCCUCUGCGUUUCCCAUCUUAACAGUUUCCUUCCCUAUCUCCGCGAAGGGUAUGUAAGAAACAUCGGGCGUACAAGUGAGAUAAUUGUAAAACAAUUCAAUACCAAUAAAGAAGAUCUGCAUCUGAAUGAUACGGUUUAAGAAA